AAACUGUCGCUGUGGUGAAGCUUUUCAAUGUGAAACGUCACUAUGAGACAAAGCAUAAGAAUUUUGAAGAUACAUUCCCUCAAAAUUCAGAGUUAAGAACAACAAAAAUAAAUGCAUUGAUAGCAUCACAUCAAGCUGCAAGCAGGAUUCUUGUCACAUCUAUGACACAACAGCAAAAAGCAACAGAGUGCUCACUUCGAGUGGCAUGGAUUUUAGGUAAGCACAAGAAGCCAUUCACAGAUGCAGAAGUAAUAAAAGUGAAAAGCAUGCUUGAAGUAAUGGACACAAUGUUUGAAGGCAAACAAAGAGGAAAUGAAAGCUAAAAUUAAGCAAAUCCCCCUCUCUGACUCCACAGCAUGCAGACGCACUGAAAUACUGUCUGGUGAUGUAGCUAAGCAGCUGUGUGAUGGGAUAAAAAAUGCAGAGUGCGUUUCCCUAGCUGUGGAUGAAUCCACUGACAUCACUGACAAUGCUGAGUUGAUGGUGUUUGUGAGGUAUUUUGAGGAGUCAAAAAGGGAGUUUGUUGAAGAUGUUAGUCAUGGCAAAUCUUUGUGGUCAGACAAGGGGUGAAGACAUUUACAAUGCAAUGAUGGAAAUGCUGAAUGAAAAAGGAAUUGAUGUGAAGAAAGUUGUGUCAGUGGCUACUGAUGGAGUGCCAUCUAUGAUGGGUAGAGAGGACUAGUUCAGCGCUUGAAACUUCUUCACCCUCACCUCAUGUCCUACCACUGCAUAAUUCAUCAGUCCAUUCUUUGUGCAAGUCUUGGAGAAAUGUAUGCUGAAAUCAUGACAACAAUGAUGAGACUCGUAAAUUUCUUGAGAGCAUCAUCUUCACUGUAGCAUUGAUUUGUUACGGUCAUUCCUGUCAGAGGUCAAUGCUGCGUUUGAUGAUUUGCUUUUGCACAAUAUCAGAUGGCUGAGCAAGGGCAAGGUCCUGGAGCGGUUUUGGGCCAUUAGGAAUGAACUUCAAGUUUUUCUGUCAGAACAAAAAAGUGCAAAAGCAAAACUGUUCUUAGAUUUCCUGCAAACUCCAGAAAAGAUGGAAGCUGUGGCAUUUUUGACUGACAUGACAUCUCACAUGAAUAACCUAAACCUGAAGCUCCAAGGGAAGGAAAACACUGUGUGUAAACUGAUAUCAGCAGUGCGGGCUUUCCAGAGGAAACUGGAGGUCUUCAGGAGUGACCUACAGGAGGAAUUGCUCCAUUUCCCCAAACUUUUGGAACAGACCAAAGGAAAAGGUGCUCAUCAGAAAUGUGUUCCAUUUGUGGAGAAGCUGAUUGAAAAUUUCAAGACAUGCUUUGAUGACUUCAUAUUGGGAGAACAUGUCCUUCUGUGCAUUGGCAAUCCAUUUCUGCUCAGAAAUGUGAGAGUUCACUUCAGAAGCACAUCAAAUCUUCCCAUGGAUCCCAGCUGCUGCACUGCAAAGUGAGCUAAUUGACCUGCAAGAGAACAUUGCACUUAAAGAGACUCAAUGUGAUGUCAUCACCUUCUGGUCAAAGAUGGUAACUGCAGCUAAUGUUCCUCUGCUGCAGAAGAUGGCAAUUCACAUUCUGACGAUGUUCGGAUCAACCUACCACUGUGAAUCUGCGUUCUCAACAAUGAACUUGGUGAAGAACCAAUACUGCAGUCGACUCACAAAUGAGCAUUUACACCAGUGUGUCCGCCUGGCCAUCACACCAUUUGAGCCAAGGUUCCAAACAUUGGCCAAAAACACACGUUGCCAUUUCUCACAUUAAGCAGUGUUACAAAUAUUGAGUGUGAAACAGUUCAUUGCAUUGAGAUCUUCUUUGUUAACCAAAGCGCUGGAAGUGAAAGGCCUGUUGGCUAUUUGUUUUGUAUUGAUAACAGGGUUAUAUUUUGUU